UAAACACUGAUUUGUAAUUACAAUUAAUUGUGGAUUUAAUUUGAAAUAAAACUUUUUAUUUUAACUCAAUUUAAACAUCAAUUAUAAUCUGAAUUGUGAUUAAGUGUUGAAUGAAUGUCUCAAAUGUCUUAAAGCAAUGAUUUAGAAAAUGUUGUUUAAAUAGAUUUGCGAUUAAAUGCUUUGAUUUGAAGACAUAUUUAUCGAUAAUUAAUAUAAAGACACAAAAGUUUUGACCGAAAAUAUAAAAUGAAAAGAAAUUUAUUAAUAGUUUUGUUAAUAUUUUGUUGUUUUUUGUUAAUUAACGCCAAAAUCAAAGACAAUGUGAUUAGCGAUCAAAACGAGAGUCAAAGUAAAACACAGACUAAAAGUGAACACAAAUCAGUUAAAGACAAAGACAUCGAAACCACUGAUGACUCUAUCGGUGAUAAUGUGAAGAAAACGCCGGUCGAAGACACGGACACUGUUGAGGACAAGUCGAGGGACCCGUUGACAGAUAGCGAAGAGAUUUUGUCGGAUGAGGAGGAAGUGACCGGCGAUGAGGACGAAGAGCCGGCGCCCGAAGUAGUGGAGCGAGAAUUGACCGAAAGGGAGAGAUUUGGCCUUCAGUUGUAUGAAACGGCUGUCUCUAUACUCAACACGAGUCGAUCCGAUCGAUCCAAAGCCUAUGACCUCAUGAAAGAGUCGGCAAAACUAGAUUACGAUAAGGCUAUGGAAUGGGUGGCCAAACAACACCUCUUCGGUGAUCUCUUGCCCUUUGACUUGAGUGUUGCCAAAGACUACUUCACUCGACUAUCACUGAAAGGCAAUCCAAACUCACAACUGUUCUUAGGUUUAAUGCAUUCAAUGGGUUUAGGAGUGACUCCGAGUCAAUCAAAAGCUCUCAUUUAUUUCACAUUUGCCGCCACUUCUGGUAAUACGUUCGCACGAAUGGCACUGGCCUUCAGGUACUGGUCGGGCAUAUCUGUUAUGUCGAGCUGUGAAUCGGCUCUGAAUUACUACCGAAAAGUGGCCAAAAAAGUGGAGGAAGACGUUUCCUUUUCGGGCGGAACAGUCAUUCAAAGGGUCCGACUUCUGGAUGAACUCGAAAAUCCGGGUUCUUUUAGUGGUGUUCUGGACGACGAUCUCAUACAAUAUUAUCAGUUUUUGGCCGAUAAGGGAGACAUUCAGGCACAGGUAGGGUUGGGUCAACUCCACUAUCAGGGCGGCAGAGGUGUCGAUCAGGACCACAGCCGAGCCCUCACAUACUUCACGCAAGCGGCCGAUGCGGGCAAUGCUAACGCUAUGGCGUUCUUGGGAAAGAUGCAUUUAGAAGGCAGUCAUGUUGUCAUCCAAAGCAAUGAAACGGCUCUCAAAUACUUUGAAAUGGCGGCCGAAAAGGGAAACCCUGUCGGACAGAGCGGUCUCGGACUCAUGUAUUUGUACGGCAAAGGCGUCGACAAAGACUACGCCAAAGCAUUCAAAUACUUCUCACAGGCGGCCACUCAGGGAUGGGUUGACGGACAGCUCCAGUUAGGGCUCAUGUAUUUGAAUGGCUUUGGAGUGACCAAAGACUUCCGAACGGCAAUCAAGUACUUUACAAUGGCUUCUCAAUCGGGACAUGUGUUAGGCUUUUAUAAUUUGGCACAAAUGCACGCCAGCGGUACCGGAACUCUGCGGUCGUGUAAUACAGCGGUUGAACUGUUCAAAAGUGUGGCCGAAAGAGGCCAUUGGGGGACAACUCUAAUGCAGGCGCACACCGACUAUAAAGAGGGCCGAAUCGCUCAGUCGUACAUCAAAUACGCACUGAUGGCCGAACUCGGCUACGAAGUGGCCCAAAGCAACGCCGCCUUCAUUUUGGACAGGAAUGAGAUCAACGAAUUGUUUGACAAAUCAGAGACACACACGCGAGCGCUCAUGUAUUGGAGUAGAUCUGCAGCGCAGGGAUAUUCUGUGGCCAGAGUUAAGUUAGGGGACUAUCAUUACUAUGGGUUCGGCACUCGUGUUGACUACGAAAUGGCUGCCGCGCAGUACCGGAUGGCCAGUGAAUCGCAACACAACGCUCAGGCGCUCUUCAAUUUGGGUUAUAUGCAUGAACUGGGGUUAGGACUCAAACGCGACAUUCAUUUGGCAAAACGCUAUUACGAUUUGGCCGCUGAGACCAGUCUCGACGCUCAGGUGCCCGUAGCGCUCGCCCGCAUCAAACUCGGUCUCGUAUACGGCUUUGAAUCACUCAAUGAAUACGAUUUGAAUGAAAUAUUAAGCAAUUUGAGUGUCCCUAAGAUGUUGGGUCCCGAUUGGGACUUGUAUUUGAUGACAGCAUUGGCUCUACUCUUAGGGUUUGUUAUUUAUUUCCGACGCCUCCCUCAGCCCUAACUCAUGAUUUUAGCGAUUAUUCAACUUUUGUUAACCGAGUCUUAAUUGUAUAGAAAUUAUAUUUUGAAUAAAUUAAUUAAAUUAUUUAUAAUAAAAACAACGGAAAA